UAUACAGACACAAGUGUUUUUGAUUUGGCAGUGAAUUCGGACUGUCUAAUAACUUGUGUGCAAAGAUCCGUUUUUGGCGCAAGUUAUUCAGAAUUCUCCACUGGAUGGUCUAAAAGGUUAAGAUGGGAGCGUUCAGGAACUUCGGGUGUGGAGACUUUCAGUAAGGACGAUGGGACACUUCCACAGAGCCCCCUCCUUGCACAGAUUUCUUUCAAAGCAGGGCUCAAGUCGUGCGCUGGUGGUGCGCAUGCGUUGAUGGGCGGCGGCGCGGGCGGCGGGCGGGCGGCGCGGGCGCUCCGCCUGCUGCUGCUGCUGGUGCUGGCGCUGGCCGCCGUCGAGUACCUCUUCGGCUCCAUCCUCGACGCCUCGCCCCUUCGCACCUACCUCUACACUCCUCUGCACAACGCUACGCAGUCCUCCCUCAAAAACAUUGAUAAAACGCUGCAAACCUGGCCUAAGAAGCUCCCAUACGCUGCCACUGAAAACUCAACGAGAAAUUCAACCCAUAAAGCCGCAAACGGUACAAUUACUAGGAACUGUAGCAAAGAAACAACCAAUAUGACCCGUCAGAAUAUAUCGGAUGACUUGAGCACUCCACUCUUGAUUACGAAGAUUAUGGAGGGUAUCAAGAAUCUGGUGACGACUGAAGAUGGGGAGUUCAAAAUGUCCGAACCGUCGGUACCAAUUUGCGAUGAAAUGCCACCGGACUUAGGUCCAGUACAAGUUAACAAGACUGAAAUGGAACUGGAUGCUGUGGACAAAAAAUACCCCGAAGUGCAGUUAGGCGGGCGGUACUCGCCACCGAACUGCACCGCCCGACAUAAGGUCGCCAUUAUUGUGCCUUACAGAGAUCGGCAACAGCAUUUAGCGAUAUUUUUAAAUCAUAUGCACCCGUUCCUGAUGAAGCAACAGAUCGAAUAUGGCAUAUUUAUCAUUGAACAGGAAGGCAACAGUGAUUUCAACCGCGCCAAGCUGAUGAACGUGGGUUUCGCUGAGAGCCAGAAGCAGAAGGAGGGAGGCUGGCAGUGCUUCAUCUUCCACGACAUCGACCUCCUGCCGCUAGACUCCAGGAACCUGUACUCCUGCCCCAGGCAACCGCGCCACAUGUCUGCUUCCAUUGAUAAGCUUAAUUUCAAGUUACCUUACGAAGACAUUUUUGGAGGUGUGUCAGCCAUGACUCUGGAACAGUUCACCAAAGUCAACGGUUUCUCCAACAAGUACUGGGGAUGGGGCGGAGAAGACGACGAUAUGUUUUAUAGAUUAAAAAAGGUCAAUUACCACAUAGCGAGGUACAAAAUGUCGAUCGCGCGAUACGCUAUGUUGGAUCACAAGAAAUCUUCACCUAAUCCUAAGAGGUACCAGCUGCUGUCACAAACGAGCAAAACAUUCCAGAAGGACGGCCUAUCGACGCUCGAAUACGAGCUGGUGAGAGUGACGCAACGACACCUGUUCACGCACAUCGUCGCCAACAUCGACGAGCGCAGCUGACGGAUGUAUCUCGCCAAGCUUCUGUUUGGCGAUAGGUAACGUCUGCUCAUGGACUGUGUCACUGCAGAUUUAUCAGUUCCAUUUUUUUUGUGCAUUUUUCAAGUGUGAUUUCAACUUUUGGCAUCGGCUGCCUGCCCCGUUUUUUUGUGAUAGUUGAAAUUAUGAGAUAAGAAAAGGAUAGAAAAAGAAAGUUGUGAUAGUUGAAAUAUGAGAUAGGAGCUACCGUUGUGAUUGGAUGGAUUUUUGGUGUUCUUGCUGCAACUGUGAUUUUAAGCCAAUAAAUUGUCAGCCAGUCAGAGGUAGCUGCGAAGCUAGGGCGACAGGCAUGUUGCUGCUAUAGGUUUUUCUGUGUGAACAGUUUUGGUGUGGGGAUAUUAUAAAAAGUAAAAAGAACGCGGCGACGAAACGCACCUUUUCACGCAUGCAUUAGCUAACCAUCGCUUCCGUUUGAGUGAGCGAGACAGAAGACAAGAGAGAGAGAAGAUUUAGCACAUAACGCAAUUUACGAGUAUAUACAAUGCUUCGCUUCUAUGUGUCCAUCCUGACGAGUUUUUUUUUAAAUCCUGCAAUAUGUAUUUUUCAAGUGUAAUUUCACCUAACGUCUGUUUCAGUUCUAUUUUUUAUUCUUGCAUAUUUUUCAAGUGUAAUUUCAACUUUUAGUAUUAACAAUGCUGUUAGCGUACUGGAUUGGCCAUUUGAUUCAGUUAGAAUAAUGUGACUCUGCAGCCUAAGCGCAAGUGCAAUUAAUGAUUAUUCCCGUUGACGAAGUGUCAUAAGAGCCGCGAAAGUGGUGUGUAACCUUUGUGCAACAUGGAUUGAGCUUGGUUUGCUUUUGUUACAUUUUUGAAUGAUUGAUGUAAAUUAUUGAAUCGAUUACUUACCAAAGAUUUAUAGGCCAAAAGAUUCCUUACAGCACUGUUUUUGACUACAGCCGCAUUGUAAAUUUCGGCCGCACUGCUAGUGUGAAUGAAAUGGACAUUUUUGGACUAAGUAUAUAAUAUAUACUUAAUAAUAUUAUGUAUGUGCCAAUUUAAUCCAACGAUUUUAUUUUUGUUUGAGCUUUUUAAUAAAUAUUUUCGUGAACUUUCUUUUAUAUCAGAACUAUUUUACUGUCGCUUCAUUAAAUUAUAUUUUUGUGCUAUUUACUAUAGGAAGAAAUAAUACAAGAUUGACUGUAAAAAGUUUGAUUUAUAAAUAAAAAUUAGAUAGAUAGCUCUAAAUUUAAAAGUAGAUUGUUAAAAAAGCUUCUUUAGUAUAAAUCGAUAUGGCUGCUACUGUGUUUAAAAUGUAAGAUUUAACUAGUCUUUUUCACAAAGUCCAAGAUUGUAAGUAAUAUUUAAGAGAUAUUUAAGUAUAGGUAUGUGGUGUAUUUUGGAAGGGUCCGUUGUGAGAAAACCUAAACUUUUGUAUAGAGAAACGUCUAAGGAAGGAAAUGGUGUCGAAUUUAGAGAAAAAGAAAACAUUUUUUGUGAAGUUAAAAAACGUGACAUACAGUAAUACCCAUAAUUUGUCUUUUAAGUAGUUAAGAUAUAGCAGGACAAUAAAGUUAUUCAACUCUUGCAAUUUGUUUUGGGAUUUUUUGCAAUAGUUCAUUUGUCAUUAAAAUUAUGGCUACUUAUACUUAUAAAUUGUCA